AUGAUUUCACCAAUUCAUCAAAACUUCACCAAUCAUUUCAGUAAUUCUACCGUAGCAGCAUCUUUAUCAAUGUCUGAAUCGACUGAUUCAAUAGCAGGUAAUUCCAAAGGUAAUUCAUCAUCGAAAAAAUCAUCAAAGAAUGCCUCGAGCACUGCUAUGUCUGCUAGUAGUUCAACCAAUUCUACAACUUCAAAAAAAUCAAAAAAUAUCCCACUAGAAUUGACAGCGUUUGGUACAACUCCAUCAGGUAAACCAAGAUUAUUUGUUUGUCAAGUUUGUACCAGAGCAUUUGCCAGAUUGGAACAUUUAAGAAGGCAUGAACGUUCUCAUACUAAAGAGAAGCCAUUUAGCUGCGGAGUUUGUCAACGUAAAUUUAGUCGUCGAGAUUUAUUAUUAAGACAUGCACAAAAAUUACACGCAGGCUGCUCUGACGCAAUAACAAGAUUAAGAAGAAAAUCAAUCAAGCGUUCGCAAAAUGGCGAGGAUGACGAUGAUGAUAUGCAAGAUGAAGAAGAGGAAUUACAACAAGAGUCAACUUCAGGAAAGUCUAAAAAACUGAAACUGGACCCUCCUCCAGAGUUUAAUUUGAAUUUAUUUGAUGGAAAACCAAACACUACCAAAUCAAAAGUAUCAAAGGGUUCAAACAAAAAGAGUUCUUCAAUCUCUACAUCCAACCCAACUAGAAAGAAUUCAUUACAGAAGCAAGUAUUUGAUCAUCGUAAAAAGGCUGCUGAUUCCCAAAUUGUAGGUAAUACUGGUACCGUGGGACUUUCUAUAACUCCAACAAGACAAAGAAGAGGUGCUUCAUUUUCUGCACAAUCGGGUGCAAAUUAUGCAAUUAAUGUUCCAGAAUUCAAUGAUGUAUAUCCGCAACCUGAUAAUGUUGAAUUUUCAACUCCCCAAUUCCUUCCUUCUUCUUUUGAAAAUGAAAUGACAUGGUUAAACUCUCUUCCUGGUAUUCCAGGAAUGUCUGAUUCUACUGUUGCUUCAAAAUUACUUCGUCAAUCAUCAAUAUCAACAAAUAAUGAUCAUGGUACCCCACCAAUGAAUGUUAGUCAGCAUGGCUCAUUCUCUCAUCCUUCUACAUUAACAGCUACACAUAUGGGACAAAGUGGAUCUGACAGUCUCAACAGUCUCAACACUCCAUUUGAUGGUUCAUAUUUGAUGCCGACAGCUACGAUCAGCAAUCAAGAAAUACAAAACGGUGUCGCUGCUCACCAACACAAGCAUCAUUUGACAAAUGGAUUAAGUUCAACACGACAACCAGAAGUUAUUCAAGAAGAAACUUAUGGAUAUUCAUUUUAUGAUAUUCCUGAAAGUAUGCUCAGUUUCCCUGGUGAUCAAUCUGUUGGACAUUCAUCCACUUCAGGAACUGGAGCAAAUUCACGUCCUCAUCAUAUGUUUAAAGCAUUGACUCCUAUUAAACAAGAAGUUGAUGACGAUAUCAUGGAAGAUAUUACCAAGAACACCGACAAUAAUAACCAUAAUGAGAAUAUGAAUUUUGAUUUGAAUUUUCUCAAUGAUAUUGAUGAUAUUGGACAAGAUACCAUUUCUAGAUUUAUGCCCGGUGGGUACUCAUUUUAUGGAGGUGAUAAUACUUCUAUUCCUUCGUCGGCAAAUGAUUACAAUUCCCCAGCUAAUGUAAUUUCACCACCACAAAACAAUCAACUUGGAGGUAGUACUCUUAAUCAUAAUCAAUUGUUAAAUCUUGACAGUCAACAGCCACAACAACAUUCCCCAAAUCACCCGCUCCUGCGACAGGCUUCUAGUCAACAAUUCCAAUCACCACCACAGCAACAACCGAUUGGUCAACAACAACAACAACAACAGCAUCAUCAGCAUUUAAGUCAGGCUAUGAUUAAUAAGAUGAAAUUGCACAAUUAUUCAAGCAAUAAAUUAUUUACUAAUCAUAUGAGACAUUUGAUUAAUAAAGCGCUAGGUAAAUAUCCAAUUAGUGGUAUAAUGACACCAACAAUUCCAUCAAAUGAAAAAUUGGAAUUUUACUUAACUACCUUCACACAAGUCUUUUUAAAUCAUUUCCCAUUUAUUCACCCUUCAAAAUUGAAUGAAUACGAAAUUAUGAGUAUGACUAGUAAUGAACUCAAUUGUAAUGAAAGUGCACGUGUUUGUUUGCCAUUGUUGGUGGCUACUAUUGGUGCUUUAUUGGCAAACAACAAAAUUGAUUCAGAGCAUCUUUAUGAGGCAUCUAGAAGAACUAUUCAUAUUUACUUGGAAAGUAGAAAGACCAAUGUGCAACAAAAUGACAAGAAAGAUAAUAAAGAAACUAGUUCAUCGGUUAAUCCGUUGUGGUUGAUUCAGUCGCUUACAUUAUCUGUUAUUUAUGGGUUGUUUUCUGAUAAUGAGAAUAAUGUUUAUAUCGUUAUCCGUCAAUUGAAUGCAUUGAAUUCCUUGGUUAAAACCUCCAUCAAGAAUAAUAGACCAAUAUUGUUUUCAAUCAAUGGUGAAGAUGAAGAGAUAUAUAACAAGUUAAAUUCUUCUUCUACCGCUACUACUGCUGCAACAACAAUAUCAACUGGAGAUAUUGGCGUAAACGGUAAUGGUGGUAUUUCAUUAUUUUCUAAUACAUUUAAUGAUGAAAUGAAAUUCAAGAAUAAUAUUAAUAUGCAAUCCCAAACCAGGAUUGUGUUUAUGAUCUACCGUUUGACUAAUUUCUUGUUGAUGUUGUAUAAUGUUCCAUUGACUUUGUCUGUCAAUGAUAUGCAAAAAUUGGCAAUUUCCAAUACUAGUGAUGAUGCUAUUUGGAAUUUCAAAAACUAUCAAGAAUUCCAAGAAUACAAUUUACAGAAGACCGAUAAAAAUUUGCAAGAUUACUUGAAUGAAGAACCUAUUGUAUUUAAAGAGUUGUUGUUAAAUUUAACCAAAACGGGUACUCCAGAUAAAACUGUCACUCCAGAUUUGGAAAGAAAAAUAGGGAAGCAAUUAUCACAUUUAAGUAAAUAUGGUUUUGUUUGUUUAAUUCAUGGGUUGUAUGAAGUCAAGCAAUAUCAAGAGAUGAAGAAAGUUGAUAUUUUCAGAAUUAUUGAUCAAUUGACUAAGUUUUUCCCACAUGGUGCAGUCAAUUCUGCUAAAAUCAGUCAACACCAAGAUAUGGAGAAACUUGACUAUGCUAUGUUGGCUAAUUACACAAAGAUUUCGUCGUUAAUUGAUUUUAAAUUGGUUAAAGAACAAAGUUGGUUAAGAAAUUAUGACGAAUUGUCACAGAAUUACCAUCGAUUGUUGGAAGAGCAUAGCACUCGAGGAAGCAAUGGAAUUGUUAAUGAAUAUGACUAUUUAAAAAUUGUUGAUUGUUGUUUAAUGAUUCUUAAGUUGGGAUUGUUUAAAGUAGAAGAUGCUAGUCUGACAUCUAAUGAUGAUGGAUUGUCAUUAUUUGAUACAGACUUCGGAUAUUUGAAUAUGACUAAUUUCACUAAUGAAGGGAAGGAAAAGAGAUUUUCAUUGAAUGAUGAUAAUUAUGAAGGUGAAGAUAUUAAUAAAGCCAUGUUUAACAAGGAAGAUAGCUUGUCUAAAUUUGAAAAAUAUAUUCAAUUUAAAAUUUCAGACGAAAUUGAUACUUCAAAUAAUUUAAUUCAUUCUCAAAUGUUGUUCCAUGUUUUCACGGUGCUUUCAAUAUUUUCUGUUUAUAUAAUGAAGAAGAAUGAUAAUAGCUUAUCGCCAUUUACCAACACUGAUUUGAUUUUUGAAUUAAAUCAUAGAUACAGUAUGGUUCUUAAAUUAUUGGAUAGAAUUGAAAGUUUCCUUAAAUUGAAAUAUCAAUCAUCAUCAACUACAACAAAUACUAGUGCAGGCACUAGUUCUACUCCGGUAUCAGUAAAAUUAGAACAAGAUUUCACAAAUUUGUACUUGUAUAAUGGAGGUGAUCAACAACAACAACAUACCCCUAAUCAAACACAUGGUCAAUUAUCUGGAAGUAAUGGAUUAGAGAAAACAUUAUAUAUAUUAAAAAUGGGAGAAGUUGUUUUAAAUUACUUAUAUGAUUUAAAUAUUAAAGUUUGUAUUUUUAAAAAAUUGGGAAAUUCUUUAUCACAAAUCAGGAAAUUUAUUAUUGAUAAUGAAUCCAGAAUAACUAGUUCAAAUAAUGGUAAUUAA